GGACCGUCACAUAAGCACUUUCACUUUCCAAAGGUCAACGUCGUUUGAAGUGGCCUUCCGUGCUGGCGGGAGAUGUAUUUUAUCUUCGAAAAUAACAACAACAACAUAUUGUAGGCCGCAGAUGAAAACGUUUUGAUUGCGUCCAUCGUCUAAACUGGAAUGUAGUGUUUUCGUCUCGCAUGCUUUUGCGCGUCUACAGUCCGAAUGAAUCUAUCCACCCUGGGCCUGUAUUGAAUUGUAAAUAGCCUACAAUCAUACUUUCAUUUUUGAAUCUAUAUGUGCAACCCAAUAUGAACCUGAUCAUUAAUUAUUCAUUGAACUGGUAAAUAUAGCAAUUUUUCAAUAAAGAAAACUGAAUUGAAGAGGGCAACAGCAGUUGCGAUCGGCGCUAAUGGACCCGUUGGAUUUUCUGACAGAUAAACAGUUACUGCAGUUUUUCUGCUGUAGUAAAACAGAAAUGUCGUGCAUGGAGCAACCACACACCUUUCUUAACCAGCUCCGAGACCACCACCUCAUUCCGGAGAAAAUGCACAUGAAGCUGAUUCGGUGUAGGAAUAAGGCAGUGAGGGAGAAGGGUGUGUACCAGGUGUUGGACUGGUUGGAGGCAGAGAGGCCCAACAGCAUCAAGGUGUUCUGGAACUGUGUGUUCAGGGAUCACCUCCUGCUGCAGUACCCCACGUUACGCCUGCUCCGAAACCGCCUGCUGGACGGGUCUUUCACAUUUUAUGAGAAUCUGCCAGAGAAGAUGGAGAAGGAAGAGGAUGAGGAGGAUAAGAAGAAGAAGGCUUCAGCGGAUGAAGAAGAGGAAGAGGAAGAGGAGAAAAAGACAGGAAGGAAAAAGAGUAAAGAGAAAAGUGAGAGUGCAGAGAAGGGCAAGCCCAGCACGUCCACCCAGUCCACCCCCAGUCAGAAGAGGAAAGUCCAGAGGGUCAAAAACUGUUCUCCUUUUUGCAAGGGGGAGAAAUCUGACAUCUGGACCUGGCCCUUCUACAAGAUCCAGCUCCCAGUCACCUGUGGGGACAAGGAAGGCAUGCUCAUCAGAAACAUGCUGGCCACAGGGGAGAGGUGCAUUGUGGUCCAGGGUCGCUGGUUCACCCCAAGUGGCUUUGAGGAGUUUGGGGGAAAGAAGAGCAGAAAGAACUGGAAGUACAGUAUCCACUGUAGAAACACCACUCUGGGAGAACUGAUCCAGGGAGGUCAUUUAACUUCACCAGACAGUAAAAGAAGAAAGAGUGCACAGGAUCACCACCCUGGUUCCUCAUCCACUGUUCGGAGGUCCCUACAAAUUAAUAGAACGGUAACACAGCAUGGUAAUUCAGCUUCUGCCAAGAGAGCACUGUUUCCCUUCAACCAAUCAGCGGGCUCGAUCACAGAAUCUGAGGAGGAUGACAAUGAUGAGGAGGAAGAGGAGGAAGAAGAAGCUGAGCAGGAAAGCGAGGAAGGAGAGAGAAGAGAUCAGGCAAACACUGCUGGAGAGAGAAGUACAGGAGGCAGCCAUUGUGGUGUGAAAAAGUCUGUCUUCAAAGUCACCUGUGGAGCCAUCAAUGGAAUGCUACAUAAGGAUCGGUUUGCAUCAGGGUCGUGUGGAAAGAGCAUCCGUACGGAGCAGCGCUGGAUGACCCCGGUGGAGUUUUUGACGGGGGGGUCAAAUCUGGAAGAUCCCUCCUGGAAGAAAGACAUCCAGUGGGACGGGAAACCACUCAGCGUCCUCAUCGAGAGUAAGAUCUUGGUCAUCCACUCUCUCCUGUGUAAGUGCAAGCUGUGCAGCUCCACGGCCAAAGACAGGCAUGAUCAGGAUAACGAUGACGACUGCUUCAUCUGUAGAAGCCAGGGCAGCUUGAUAUGCUGUGAUGAGUGUCCUCGCUCCUUCCAUCAGAGAUGUCAUCUUCCUAAUGUGGAUGAUGCUAUCCUGGGGGAUGAUUGUCCGUGGAUGUGUACAUUCUGUGUACUGAGGGCCAGUCAGUCGUGGCGCUACCCCAAACAAAUGACCUACCAGGAAGCCUUAACCUGCCGAAUCUCAGACCACCAACUGGAAUGCCAGUACCUCCUGCUGUGUCUGUACCAUGCGGACGAGGAACACAUCGCUGUGGCAGAUCCUUGCAUCAAUGUGAGAAACUACACCAGUGUGAUAAAAACCCCUAUAUGGCUGGACAGGGUUGUGGAGAAGCUGCAGCAGAAUCUCUACCAGUCGGUGCAACACUUUGUGUCUGAUGUGUUGCUUAUCUUCACCAACUGUGCCACAUUUAACAGGGAUAAUGCAGAGUUCUGUGUGAUGGGCGAAAGAUUGAAGGAUCUAUUUGAGAGAGAGUUCAAGAGUACAUUCAGCAUCCAACUUCAGCAUCCAACUGCAUCCAACAGCCAGUAGAGCCUUCAUCAAGUCUGUACUGUUAUCUCACUAUGAGACAACAGGAAAUAUUCACCAUGCCCUGGUCUUUCUAUACAGCCUUCAUACAGACUUGCAUGUACAUUAUUAUCCAUCUAGUCCUUUCAUGAAUUUCUUUCAUUCGUUCUAGCAGUCAAAAUGGGUGUGUGAUGAUAAUUGAAAUUGAAUGAUGGUGAUAACAUUGCAUUUCACACAGUAAAUGUUGCUUUGCUAACUUCUCAUACAAGAGCCUUAGCAUUCCUCACCUUCCAGGUUCUUACUUCUGGUUAGGCCUCACUAGAUUCAUGUCCAGGGAUUCUAGCGAAAAUAAACUCAUGAAUUUCUAAAACAUUGUA